UUUCUUCUUCUACUUCAGUUCAGCUCACACUCUCCAGUCCCUACCCUAUCUGCCUUCUCCAUUAAUUAUUUCUUCUGCCAUAUUUCUUCUUUCUGCUCUCGGUGCGGUCGAAACCAUUAUUUGCCGAUUAAACUGGAAUAGAAGAGAAAGGAAAUGGAUCCUUCACCUCUUGUUGCUGAAGUUUUCAGGCUCACAGUAGAACCUGCAUGCCGUCAACUUGGGUAUAUGCUUCGGUCCAAGACCCAUGUUAAUGAGCUCAAAGGCGGUGUUGGCAAGCUGGUGAAUGCUAGAGAAAGGGUUCAGCAUGCCGUUAAUGAGGCUAUUCUCAAAGGGGAGUGGAUCGAAGGUGAUGUUCAAUCGUGGCUCAACAAGACUGAUGAGCUCACGGAAAGUGCCAGGAAGGUGAUCGCGGAUGUUGAGAGCAAAAAGAGCUGCUUGCACUUCAUUCCGAAUCCGGUUGCCUGCCAUCAACUGGGCAGGAAGGCAAGGAACGUCGCUGACGACAUUCAAGAACACUGUGGGAAGGGGGAGAAGUUCAACCAGAUCUCCUACCAUGACGCACAAACCACAGAAGCUGCAGCAACCCUGCCUUCAUCCUCUUCAGGGACGUCUGCCCAGCCCCCUGUUCUCCUCGAUUCCAGGGCUUUGAUCAUGAGCAAGAUCAUGGAAGCUCUGACGGAUAAUAAUGUCAGGAGGAUCGGUGUCCACGGAAUGGGUGGUGUUGGCAAGACCACCCUUCUGGAUGAGGUCGAAAGGAAGGCCAAGGCGUCGAAAAGGUUUGAUAAAGUCAUAAGGAAGCUCAUAUCAAAGAACCCAAAUGUUGGGGUAAUCAGAGCGGAAAUCAACCACAUAUUGGGCCAGCUGGACAAGAAAGAUAAUGGGGGAGGUUCUGGAAAGAAGAAGGCCUUCAUUAUCCUUGAUGAUCUAUGGGAGGAGCAUCACUUGACGCGGAUCGAGAUUGAAGAUAAUAGCUACCAGAAUGUGGAAGUGAAGUUGCUGCUCACCUCCCGAAAUGAAGAUCUGCUGGCUGACAAAAUGGAUUGCCAACCAAACCUCCAUCUUCCUCCCUUGGGUCCGGAGGAAACAGCAAAGUUGUUUGCCGCGAUAGCAGGUGAUGAAUUUGGAGACCCUAAAACGGAUACUCUGGCAGCUAAACUAGUCAAGAUAUGUGAAGGCUUGCCUAUUCUAAUCCUGCCGCUGGCAAGAAUGUUGAAGAACAAGGCUCUCUCUACUUUGGAAGAAGCAGUCGAGCACAUUAAGAAAUCAGAAGCUGUUUACAGUACCCUGGAGUUGAGUUACCAGUCUUUAGAAGAAGAGAAGUACAAGGAGUUGUUCCUACUCUGCGGUCUCAUGGGAAACCAGAACAUCCCAGUACGCAACCUGCUCAAGCACAGUAUAGGCUUGGGCUCAUUUGAUGGCACCAAUGUCGUGGAAAGAGCCAGGAGAGAAAUGGUUGAAUCACUUCGGAAGCUUAAAGCCUCGUCACUGCUGCUCCAAGGUGAUGACAACGAUCAUGUCAGAAUCCACGACGUGGUUCGUGAAUUUUCAACGAAAAUCGCAAACAAAAAUGACCGUCAUUUGGUGUGUAGCGAUGACAAGGAUUUGCAAGUAUGUCCAGCUGAAAGCCUAGAGAAAAUAACAACAAUCUCCCUGCCUAGGAGAGAAAUGGUUGAAUCACUUCGGAUUCAAGCCUCGUCACUGCUGCUCCAAGGUGAUGACAACGAUCAUGUCAAAAUCCAUGACGUGUUUCGUGAAUUUUCUACGAAACUCGCAAACAAAGAUGGCCGUCAUUUGGUGUUCAGUGAUGACAAGGAUUUGCAAGUUGGUCCAGCUAAAAGCCCAGAGGAAAUAACUACAAUCUCCCUGCCUCAUGUUGCCAUUCAGACUCUUCGUCAGCACGUAUCGAACUACCCAAACCUAACCACCUUUAUUUCACAUGCUGGAGAUUACACCAAUGCCCAAGGGGAUGACUUCAAUGCUCAAAAUUCCAUAUCCAAAGGAAACCGUUUCGAAGUCCCAGAUUCCUUUUUCGAAGGCAUGAGGAAGCUUAGAGUCUUAGAUAUUAGGAGUGCAAACUUUACCUCCUUACCUUCAUCAGUUCAUUUGCUGCAAAAUUUGACAACAUUAUGUCUGGACAAUUGCGUCAUAGAGGAUAUUAGCAUCAUUGGGAAGCUAAAGGGACUGCAAGUCCUCAGCUUCAUGGGUUCUGAGAUUGAGCAUUUGCCAAAAGAGGUAGGAGAACUAACCAAUCUGGUACUAUUGGAUUUGAGCAAAUGCUCGAAGCUAAAAGUGAUAGAACAAGGGGUAAUGGAAAGACUGACCAAACUGGAGGAUUUGUAUCUCGAAGAAAGUUUCGACCAGUGGGAGGGUGAAGGAGAUGCAGCGCAAGUUAAUGCUAGGCUUGCUGAGUUAAACAACAUGCCUUGGCUAAGGACACUAGAUGUGCGUGUUUCUAAUCCCAAGUUACUCCAUCAGGACCUGCCGUUUGGAAAAUUGGAAAGACAUCGAAUACUUGUUGGUGGUAAAUGGGAUUGGUCAGGCAGCUAUGAAGAGCUACGGACCAUGAAGCUUGAGGUGGUGAGAUCAGAUGUUCUGUCUCAACAAUGGCUUCAGCUUAACCUGCAGAAGGUUCAAGAUCUUCACCUGUAUGGCAUAUCGGAAGGUACUUGUCUGAGCGUUCAUGCGCUAUGUGUAGAAGGUUUUAUGCAACUAAAGCACCUUCGUGUUGAAAGUAGCACUGCCUUCCAGUACAUAGUCUCCUCAGCAAAGUGGUUAGCUCAUGAUGCUUUUACAAGGUUAGAGUCCUUAUUGGUUAAGCACCUGGACAAUUUGGAGAAGAUCUGUCACGGCCUUGUCACACCCCUUUCUUUUGGUAGACUGAAAGUGAUAAAAGUCGAAAGGUGUGGCAAGUUGAAGAACAUGUUCUCUCUUUCCUUAAUGGAAAGCCUUUCGCAGCUCGAAGAGAUUGAUGUAUAUGAUUGCAAGAUGAUGCAAGCGGUUGUUUUAGAUGAGAGCAAAGAUGAUGACGAUGAGGAGAAGGUAGCCAGUGGAUGUUGGGAAUGCUAUAGCACGACAAAGAGUCUCUUCUGUGGUCCACGUAUUGCAGGCCCUGAACUGCCCCAGGAGUCUGAUCAGAUAAGUAGAACCAAGAGGAUACCUGCAUUAUUCACGAAACGGACAGAGGGUGGAUACAAGGGAAAACGGGUUGUUGAGCUGGCAAAUCUACGUCGUUUGACUCUGAGAUUCUUACCAGAGAUCACAACAUUCUUCACCAGAGCAAAUCCGCAGAAGCCCCAGGAGAUAGCACGGGACAUUUUCGUGGAUGGCCAACAGGUUUGGCUGCCCAAGUUGCAGAGUUUGAAAAUUUAUGAGCUUCCGAAAUUGAAAGAGUUAUUAUCAAGGAGUGAGACUGAACCCUCAAUGGGCUUGACGAUGAGCAACUUACAGUCUCUGGAAGUCCGGUACUGUGAUCAACUCUCGAAAGUUUUCGACUCCAAUUUGUUGAUGGAGCUGCGGAGUCUGGAAUCAUUAGAAAUUACUAAUUGUGAUAUGUUAACAGAAGUCUUCAAUCUUGAAGGGAUAAAUACUAAGCGUGGGUCUAAUGAUGGUAUCCUCCCUCAGCUGUGCAAGAUCAUGCUAUUCUUGUUGCCGAAACUGAGUUGCAUAUGGAGCAAGUGUCCUCGAGGAGAAGUAGCGGCAUUCCAAAACUUAAGGGAGUUGAAAGUAAGCCGUUGCGAUGAGUUGAGAUACUUGUUUACCCCAUCGAUGGCUAAAGCAACGGCGAAACUGACAGAAUUAGAUGUGGAACGCUGUGACAAGAUGGAGGCGAUCAUAAUGGACGAAGAUCAUGGGAAAAUGGAAAGCGCGUCGUCAUGCAAUAUAAAAGAAUUCCCAUCAUUGAAGGUCUUGCUGAUAUUCGAGUGCUGCAAACUGAAGGAAUUCUAUUCGAUUAAAGGGGACAGCAACCCAACCUUCAGAUUCCCUUUGUGUUGUGGGGAGAAAGAGAGAGAUCAUCACCAGGUGGCGGUCAAUUCAACAAAGACAGUCUUCUUCAAUCGAAUGGUUCUCCUCCCGAGGUUGAUGGAGAUGACGCUCUGCUUGGUAGGAGAUUUCGAGAAGAUAUGGGACAAUAAUGAACUCCCUGAAACUGAAACAUCAUCUAAUUUCAGCAAACUGGAGACCAUCAGUGUUGGUGGAUGCAAGAAGCUUCGCACUGUCUUUCCUUUAACUUCAACAGAGAAGAGGUGGCAGAAUCUUAAAGAGGUCGAUAUAGGUCCUUGUGAAUUUUUGGAAUCUGUAUUUGAAGUUGACGUCAACGGGCGGGAGCACUCAGAUAAGAAAGAGAAGCGCACAGCAGCAAUAAUGCUCCCUGAAUUGCAAAAAUUGGAUUUGUUUUGGCUGCCGAAACUAAAAUGCGUUGUCUUCGACGAGAAGGUGUCCAAAACCAAAACUGUGGUGGGUUUUCCGAAUCUCACAGGAAUCACUGUGGUGGGGUGCGACUGUUUAACAGAUCUCAUCCCGCUCACAACAGCCACAACUCUUCUGAAACUGGAGACACUGAAAAUAAAGGGAUGCAAGGGCAUGCGGGAGGUUGUUUCCCGAAGGGACGGCAAAGCAGAUCAGAUGGAUGAAAUCAUCAUUCCCCGUUUGCGGUCAUUGGAGCUUUCUUCUCUUGAAAGCCUGGAGUAUUUCUUCUAUGGUAGUUCUCCUCCAUUUCGAUUUCCCUCCUUGAAAGAUCUAGAAAUAACUGGUUGUUCUGAGAUGAAGGGGUUCAUUGCUGAGCCUCCAAAUGGGGGACCUCAACUUCAAGAUGAUGAUGUUGCCUCCCAGGGACUUUUCAAUGAGAAGGUCUUUCUUCCAAAUUUGGAGAAAUUACAGAUUAUCGGCAUCAAAUUGAGAGCUUUAUGGAAGAAACAACUUUCUCCGGGGACCUUCUGCAAAUUAAAACAUCUUAAGGUGGAGAGAUGCACUGAGCUCCUCAGCAUUGUUCCAUCUUUUAUGCGGAAGAGGCUGCGGAACCUGGAGUGCCUCAAAGUAGAUGAUUGCUCUUCAUCAGAGUGUAUAUAUGAGGGCUUGGAUGCUGGAGAUAGCAGCACGUCAGCCAGGAUGAACCGUCAGACAUACCCCGAAGAUGAAGCGUAUUUGGAGAAACUCCAAGGACUACAUGUAUUUGAUUGUCUGAAGCUACGAUAUAUAAUUGGAAGCAGAGAUGGAAAGUGCAUACAUGUGGCUCCCGGAAUCGUAAUACUUCCCAAGUUAACAACUCUUGAACUUAAGAAAUUGCCAGCACUUUGUAAGUUCUGGCAGGGGAGCUUAUGCACUUUAGAGUUGCCAUCCUUGAAUAAGUGGCUUGUCAGAGAGUGUGGAAGUCUAGAGGAGGCCGUGAGUGAUGCUGUAGAUAUACUACCACAAGAUUUAGACGACCAAAUUGACGUCGUGAUUCAGCAAAAGAGACUGCCGGCUGCAAUACCCGACUUGCCGAUUCUGGACUCUACGGAUUGGAACGAUGAGCUGAUAGAGCACAUAUUGAGUGUUCGUCAAUCUCAUCUUGAAGUUUUGCAUGGAGUACGAUUUCUGGCGGUGGAAAAAUUUGUUGUCAGAUCUGCUAUAUAUGCAUCAAGUCUCGUCUUUAAACUGAAACUUGAGGAGCUCAUACUUGCUGAUGCUUCGCUGGAAGUUCUAUUCACAUGUGAAGUUGCUCCUUCAGCUCUUGUUAAUAAGGACAACCCUCGGAAUGUUGUUGCCGCACCACUAAGGAGAUUGAAGCUGGUCCGAUGUCCGGAGCUAUUCAAUAUUUGGAAGGGAGACGAAUUUACUUUCUCAAAACAUUUAGAAACCCUUCGAGUGUCUGAAUGUGCCAAAUUGAUCAGUUUGCUGCCACCCCUGACAACUUUUCAGAAUUUGACAUCUUUAGAGGUAUCAAAAUGCCAUCGGUUGAAAGCUCUCUUGACAGUUUCAACAGUGAAGAGUCUCCCGAAGCUUGCAGAAAUAAGUGUAGUAGAAUGCGAUGCCUUGACAGAAAUAGUGGCUUGUGGCGAAUCUGGCGAUAGUGAUGUACAAGAGGAGAUUGCUUUUAGUCGACUGGAAGUACUGGAGCUUGACUGCUUGAUGAGUAUUAAGCACUUCUGUUCAGGAAGCCAUGGACUCAAACUCCCAUGGUUGACAAAAUUAACCAUGGUGGGAUGUCCCGAGAUGAAAAUCUUCUGUCAAGGUGAUAUAAGCACGCCGAAGUUGCAGGACAUAGAGUUAAGAGAUCGUUGGAAUAGAGCCGAAAGUUACAAACUGUACAGUGACCUUAACACAACAAUGAAAAAGUUGUUCUCUGAAAAGACACUACUGUCCUCGAUGCAUUCAUUAAAGAUCUCUGAGUCCAUCGAGUGGAAAGAGAUAUGGCUUGGCACUGGCAGUCUUCCUUCUGGGACUUUCGGAGCCUUGAGAUCACUUACUAUAGAGGAUUGUGGGUUUUUGACGGUAGCAGCUGUUCCAUCUCAUAUAUCUCUCCUCUUCCAAUGGCUUGAGAAAUUGGAGAUAAGAAACUGCGGUGCAGUACAAGAAGUGUUUGAACCUCCGAGGGCAGAUGAUGCAAAGGUAUAUUUCUCCUUGCUGGAGCUUCACUUGAGAGAUCUUCUGAAGUUGAGGCUAAUCUUCCCCAAAGAUUUCCACAGAACUUUCAGCUUCGAACAACUUAACACUCUUCAAGUUCACAAUUGCAGCUGCCUGUUAAACAUACUGACGCCUAAUAUGGUGCCGCAUCUUGAAAGCCUUCGCAAAAUUAAAAUCAAGGACUGCACAAUGCUGGAGGAAAUCAUCACAAAAGAGAAGGAAGAUGAGGAAAUUCUGGAGAGUAAAAUUUGGUUUCCUAAUUUACAAGAUAUAGUCAUCCACGGUUUGGCGGCAUUGAAGAGCUUCUACCCCGGUGAUUGCCGUCUAGAAUUCCCAUCCCUAGAAAAGAUGACCAUCAAGAACUGCCCCGAAAUGGUCAGAUUCGCACACCCAACUGCUUCAAUUAGAGAGGAUGAUGACGUAAGCAACACAAGGGACGUUAUUGAUCAGGAAAUUGCCUCCCAGCCUGCAUUCUUCAGUGAGAAGGUUUUAUUCCCUGACUUGAAGGAAUUGACACUUUCUGGCUUGGGUAAUUUGAGCACUAUAUGGCAUAACGAAUUUAGUGGGGACUCAUUUCGUCGAUUGGAGGAAAUCAAUAUUGAAAGUUGUGGAAUGCUGCGGAAAGUGUUUCCACCAAUCACUGUCCAAAGAUGCAUGUGCCUGAAGACGCUAAUUGUAGCUGAAUGCGAUUCACUAGAAGUAGUAUUCGAUCUCGUGGGGCUGGCUGCCAUGGUAGAUAAUGGUGAUGAAAUUCAUGAAGACAAUGAACAAGGUGAAGCCUCAAGAGUUGCAUCGUUGGGAAAACUGGAGAUAUCACGACUGCCAAAGCUACGGAGUUUGUGGAAUGUUGACAAAGAAGGAUUUGUAAGCUUUGAAAACCUGAAGGAGGUACAUGUGCGUGAAUGCCCGAAACUCGUAAAUCUUUUUCCGGUCUCUAUAGCCAGAGGUCUUACGAGACUUGAGAGCCUGAAUAUAGAAGAAUGUGGUUUAGAAUGGAUUGUUGCCAAAGGAGAAGAAGCAAUUAGAAGGUUCGUGUUCCUGGAGGCUACCUUCUUGAAGCUUUGGAGGUUACCAAAGCUUGAGGGCUUCUAUCCCCGAGUACAUACUUCUGAAUGGCCUAUGCUAAAACAGAUGGUGGUGCAUGGAUGCAACAAAGUAGAAGUGUUUGCUUCAGGGUGUGGGUGUCUUCAUCAGACUAGUGCGGAAGGUCGUGAGUUUGCUGUCAAGCCACCGCUCUUCUCAGUUGACAAGGAUGCGUUCCCCAAUUUACUUAGCUUGAGCAUUGAAGCCAUGGCAGAAAUAUGGCCUCACCAGUUCAGCAGGGAAAUUUUUCCCAAGUUAAAGAAUUUGAAGAUAAACAACUCAAAGGAUUUGGCAGCCGAUCUCCCCGCUUAUAGAUUACAGAAUUUGUGUAAACUUGUCCUAAGCAAAUGUCAUUUCAAAGAUAUUGAGUCGCAUGAAGGAUCUCCUGUCAAAGGUAUAACAGGGCAGCACGUGCACCAAGUCCCAAAUAAUGGUGCUCUUCCACAUUUGGGAGUCCUUCAAGUAUCAGAGUGUUCAGGCUUAGCAAACUUGGAUCAAUUGCCACUGUCGUUCCAAAGCUUGAUGGUUCUGAAAGUAUCGGCUUGUCAUGAAUUGCUGUGUCUAAUGUCAUCUGCAAAGGCAAAAAGCCUCAUCCGACUUACUCAUAUGACCAUAGAGAAUUGCAGAGUUAUGGAGGAGGUGGUUGCAAAUGAAGGUUAUGUGGAAACAAAUGAUGAGAUUACUUUUGAGCAGUUACAGAAGUUGACUUUAAGUUCAUUAUCAGAACUCUCCAGCUUCUCCAGAGGAAAUUUCAAUGUCAAAUUCCCGUCCCUUUGGAAAGUGUCUCUGAGUGAAUGCCCCAAGAUGGAGCUUUUCUUCCAUGGAACCUUAAGCACGCCUAUGCUAGAGAUAUUUCAGAUAUCAGGGAAAGCCAUCUUUCUUCAUGAUCACAACCUUAAUGCAGCAAUGCUGGAGAGAUCUCAAGCAACAGGUGGUCAACUCAAAAGACAGAGCGAGGUGGAGCAACAUCACGAGAAUUCUUGGGCAGGCACAUCAUCAGACAGUGAAUUGUCUUCUUUAAUGUAGGUGCUCUACUCAUAAAUAAGCAAGAGCUUUGUAGUUUGGAUGGGAUACCGCUGUCAGAAAAUAAGCAGCGGUGGAUUGAUCAGGUAAGUUUGUUGGAAACACGAGUAACAGUCAACAGAUGAUAGAUCCCGACCGCGCCGCUUCAUUUCCCAUGGCUCUGCGGAUGGAAUGCUGGAGGAAUUUACUAGAGAAAAUAGAUCUCGCGGAUUGGACUCUUUUCCGCAUAUCCUUCUUCUUUCAUUAAAAGCUUCUGCAAUAGUGAUUCCAUUGGUACAGUGCAACGGAUUUGUUAGAAGAAGUGCUUCCAACCUUUCGCGCUCAGAGGUUCAGAGGAAGGGGAUGAAGCUGAUACUAUAUCAAGUCAUGUCAAAGUCGAACUGAAAGGAUUAUGUUGGCAGAACAUUUAAGCUAAAUAUACAUUGACUCAUUUAGAUGGCAGACCAAACAUUGGACCCUUUAAUUAACUGUGCUGAGAAUCAAUUCCUGAAAGAUUGAUGUCAA